ACAAUCUAACACUAAACUCACAAAUCAAGUUUUUUAGAUCUUAAAUGGUCUCUUCUCUUCUUCAUCAUCGUCGCAGUAGUAAACAUAUAACGCCCUUAUAGCUAUCCAUCAAGUAUUUCUUCAAGAAAAAUCAUGAGAGCUGGUGGUUUCACUAUCCAACAAGCUUUAAGUUCAGAUGCAGCAAGCAUUAUAAAACAGGCGGUUACCCUCGCACGCCGCCGUGGUCAUGCUCAGGUGACCCCUCUCCAUGUGGCUAACACCAUGCUCUCCUCCGCCACUGGCCUCCUUCGUACGGCCUGCCUCCAAUCCCACUCCCACCCUCUCCAGUGUAAGGCUCUAGAGCUUUGCUUUAACGUCGCCCUAAACCGUCUACCCACAUCCUCGUCCACCCCUAUGCUAGGCCCGACUCACUCAUCCCAGCACCACCACCAGCACCCCUCGAUUUCUAAUGCUCUCGUGGCAGCGUUCAAGCGGGCACAGGCACACCAGAGGCGUGGAUCCAUUGAGAAUCAGCAGCAGCCCUUGCUUGCUGUAAAGAUUGAGCUUGAACAGCUUAUAAUAUCGAUUUUAGAUGACCCAAGCGUUAGCAGGGUGAUGAGAGAGGCUGGGUUUUCGAGUACACAAGUGAAAACUAAUGUAGAACAAGUUGUCUCUUUAGAGUUAUCCUCUCAAACACCUCCUUCUACUGCUUCAAGUAAUACCAUCAAGUCUAAGGACUGUACAAAACAAAAUACUGGUGUCAAUCCACAUCGUAAUCAAAUUACGGUGAGGAAUGAGGAUGUGAUGUGCGUGAUAGAGAGUCUUUUAAACAAGAAGCGCCCACGAAGCCUUGUAGUUGUUGGCGAGUGUGUUGCUACCAUAGAAGGGGUAGUAGGAAGAGUGAUGGAGAAGGUUGACAAAGGAGAAGUUCCUGAGGCUCUAAGAGAUGUUAAGUUUAUAAGUCUUCCUCUCUUCUCUUUUGGUCAACUUUCUAGAGGAGAGGUUGAACUAAAGCUUGGAGAGCUAAGGAGCCUAGUGAAAGGGCAUGUGAGAAGAGGGGUUGUACUUUACUUGGGAGAUCUUAAGUGGAUUACUGAGUACAGGGUUAGUUCAUGGGGUCAAGGAAGGGGAUACUAUUGUCCGGUUGAACACUUAAUUAUGGAGUUGGGAAGAUUAGUUUGUGGUAUCAAUGAAGAGAUUUGCGGAAAGCUUUGGUUAAUGGGGAUUUCAUCAUUUCAAACAUACAUGCGGUGUAGAAACGGAAACCCUUCUCUCGAAAUCAUUUGGAAGCUACAUCCUCUUACAAUUCCUGCUGGGAGCUUAAGCUUGAGUCUUGUUCCACAGAGUGAUAUCCAAAGUGAGUGUGGAAGCAAGAACGCCAACAAUGGGGGUAGUCGGCUGAUGCUUGAAAGCGGAGACGAGAAGCAACUCACAUGUUGCGAGGAUUGCUCGUUGAAUUUUGAGAGUGAAGCUAAAAGCUCAAGGUCCUCAAGCCUCCCUUCAUGGCUUGCAGAUGAGAAAAUAGUAGUCAAUAAUCAUGACCAGGAAUGUGUUUCGGUAAAAGAGUUGUGUAAGAAAUGGAACUCAAUCUGCACUUCAGAUCAUAGGAACAUGAAACCCUUGUUUCAGAGAAGCUUAAGCUUCUCUUCUGUUUCACCUUCCUCACCAGCUUCUUGCUUUUCCUACAAUCAAGAAAACCCUAAUUCCAACCGAAACUCAAGCGACCGUCAACUUUGGGAUUUUAGCGCCCUAGAGAAAAACUCGGAACCGUUUCUUGUUCAUCAUGAUGAGGGAGAGCCCCAACAAAGAUUUUCAUCAAACCCUAACUCCACUCCAAAUUCAGUUUCUUCGAGUGAUCUUAUGGAGGUGGAAUAUGUGCAAAAGUUCAAGGAAUUUAACGGAGAGAAUCUGAAAAUCCUAUGCAAUGCUUUAGAAGAGAAGGCUCCAUGGCAGAAAGAUAUUGUUCCUGAUAUUGCGGGUACGAUACUAAAAUGCAGAUCAGGAAUGCUAAGAAGAAAAGACAAGUUAAACAACAAUGAACCCAAAGAAGAGACUUGGUUUUUCUUCCAAGGCAUUGAUUCACAAUCAAAAGAGAUAAUUGCUAAGGAGUUAGCUAAAGUUGUUUUUGGGUCACAUUCGGAUUUUAUUGCAAUUGCUGUAAGCAAUUUCUCAUCAUCCCCAAGGGUGGAUACCGAUGAACCGCGGAACAAGAGGUCGAGAGAUGAACAAAGUUGUAGUUAUCUGGGAAGGUUCGCUGAAGCAGUGUCCACAAAUCCUCAUAGGGUUUUCUUGAUUGAGGAUGUUGAGCAAGCAGAUUAUUGCUCCCAAAUGGGCAUCAAAAGAGCUAUCCAAAGAGGAAAACUUACACACCCGAAUGGUGAAGAAGUUAGCUUUGGUGAUGCAAUAAUAGUGUUGAGUUGUGAGAGCUUCAGCUCUAGGUCGAGAACAUGUUCUCCACGAGUGAAGCAGAAAGUACAAGAAGAAGAAGAAGGAAGUCCUUGUGUAUCUUUGGAUUUGAAUAUUUCAUUUGAUGAAGAUCAUGACGAGCAAUCCAUGUCCAUGGAUGAUAUACGGUUACUUGAAUCUGUAGACAGAUGUAUCAAUUUCAACAUUCAAGAUUUGUCACUGUAAAUCUUGAAUCUUGAACUUAAUAUCCAGCUUCCCAAUUGUC